AUGGCCGCCAACCCAUCGUCGCAGGGCGCCCUCGCCCUCGUAGAGAGUAUAGCCAAACUCGGGGAAGGCUUGAAGAAUGGGGAGCAGGGCGCGCGCGAGGGCUUGCUAGGGGCCUGCUCGAAGCUCAUCACGGAGCUCAGUCACCCCUCCGAGACCAUGUUGCAACUGUUGUGGGCGCAACCGUCACACCUCUCCGUCAUCCGCAUGGGCGUCGAGAUCAAGCUCUUCCAAGCAAUGCAGGACAUCGACGCAGCCGGCCAGACGACCGCCGAGAUCGCGUCGAGGACUGAUCCCAAGACGGACCCAGUCCUCGUCGGACGCAUGCUUCGCCAUCUUGCCGCCAUGCAUACCGUGAACGAAACCGCACCCGAUACCUUUGCACCCACUGCUACCUCAAAGUCCUUCGCCGAGCCCGUCUACCAAGACACGAUCCUCUACAUCAUCGACAACUUUCAACCAGCCCACCAGAAGAUGCCCAGCUUCUUCCAGACGCACGGCUUCACUUCACCUAAUUCGCAGACCGACGGUCCCUUCCAGCACGCUUUCGACUGCAAAGGUUACCACUACUUCGAAUACUUCCAGAAGUUUGACCAGGAGAUGGGGCGGCGUUUCGGCAGUAUGAUGGAUGCGUGGAGCAAAGGGCGGCCGCGGUGGUUCGAGCCAGAGUUUUAUCCCGUCAAGGAGCAGCUGAUCGAGGGCGCAGAAAGCGAAGGCGUGUUUCUGGUGGACAUAGGCGGUGGCGUGGGGCACGACGUCGAAGGAGUUAGACAGGCGUUCGGUUCCGCGCUGCCGGGUAAGCUCGUGCUGCAGGACAGGCCCGAGGUCAUCGAGCAUGCGCAGGUGGGCAAGGGCGCUGAAGCCAUGUCUCACGACUUCUUGACCGAGCAGCCCGUUAAAGGUGCACGAGCGUACUACCUGCACUCUAUCAUCCAGGAUUGGAGCGACGACGUGAACACGCAGAUCUUGAAAGCGAUUGUUCCGGCCAUGAAGAAAGGCUAUUCGAAAGUGCUGAUCAACGAUUUCGUAGUCCCAAACCAGGGUGCGGCGUGGCCACAGACAGCCCUUGACUGGGAACUUAUGGCAUCUCUUGGUGCAAGACAUCGCACCGUGGCCGAGCACACCGAAAUGUACGAGGGCGCGGGUCUGAAGAUAAACGGCAUCUGGCGACACCCGCACAGUCUCGACUCGGUGAUCGAACUUGAACUUGCAUAA